CAUUCUUUUCUUUUCUUUUCUUUUUUCACUUCGUUUUAUUUACAAUAUGGUCUCUAACACCUUUGGUCGUUCCUUACGCAAAGAUUUUUUACUCGAUCCUAAUUAUACACCUUUGAAUCAUGGUUCCUACGGUUGUUAUCCUCGUGUUGUGCAAAAAGUCCUUCGUGAACAUCAAGAAAAGGUUGAACUGUUUCCUGAUCGUCGGUUACGUUACGAUAUGUAUCCAGAAUUGCGAAAGUCUCGUGAACUUUUAGCAACAUUACUUCAUUGCAAUGCUGAUGACAUUGUCUUUUCUCAAAACGCUUCUACCGCCGCUAACGUUAUCUUCCGUAGUUUUCCUUUUGAAGAAGGUGACAAAAUUUUAUAUUUUGGAACUGCUUAUGCAAACGUACGUAGUACUUUGGAAUUUAUUCGCGAUCAUCAAAAGGUAGAACUGGUGAAAAUCGAUUUGAAAUACCCUUUGAAUGAUGCCUGCAUUAUUGAUCUUGUGAAUGAAACUCUUGCCAAUGAAAAAUCAAAAUCUGGUAAACCUUUCCGUAUGGCCGUAUUUGAUGUAAUAUCUUCUUUGCCUGGUGUCCUUUUUCCAUACGAAGCUAUCAAUCGAAUUUGUCAAGAAAAUGGUAUUCUCACGGUGCUAGAUGGGGCUCAUUCAGUGGGUCAUAUUCCUAUCGACUUGGAAAAAAUCAAUCCUGAUUUCUUCUUUACCAAUUGUCACAAGUGGCUUUUUGUUCCUCGUGGUUUCGCUAUUCUUUAUGUUCCCAAAAGAAAUCAAGGCUCCCUUCAUCCCAACACUAUUAAUGUUGCUUACAAAACCCAUUCAUCAUUGGAUGAUAACUCCUCAUUUGAACAAGAAUUCUGUUCUCCUGGUACUAUCGACCAUUCCCAAUACUUUUGUGUUGAACCAGCAUUGAAAUACCGAGAAUCAUUGGGUGGAGAGGAAGCAAUUAUGCAAUAUAUUCAUGAUUUGGCAAUUCGUGGCGGUGCUCUAGUGGCUGAUAUCUUGGGAACACAAGUGAUGGAAAACGAUGAUCAAACUUUGACUGUUGCCAUGGCGAACGUAGAACUACCUAUUAAGGAGGAUAUCAACUUGUCAGAUACUGAAAUUAGCUCUACUAUUGUCAAGAAACUCAUAUAUGAACAUAACACUAUGGCUACUCCUUAUAAAAACAACGGAAAAUGGUGGAUACGAUUAUGUGCUCAAGUUUAUUUAGAAUUGGAUGACUUUAAGAAAGGUGGUGAAGCCAUAUUGCAAAUAUGUCAAGAACUCAAUAAUCUCUAAUCUAGAUACUCCAAUGAUAGUUUAGCUAUGUUAUUUAUUAUUUAAAUAUUAAAUAAAGAAUGGAUUAUAUAUUGAGAUAUCAUUAUCUUAGGAAUCGGA